GAGUCAGGGCCCCUUGGUUUUGAGCCAAAAAACCUCGAGAAUUACACACACAACCACUCACAUAUUGUGUGUUUGUUGUAUGUGUGUGAGAGAGAGAGGAAGAGUAUUUUUCUUGUUUUCUUUUCCCUUUCUUUUGCUGCACUUUAUACACUUCAAAAUUCAAUACUUCGCUCUGUACUCAAAGGAGGUGUUUUCAGAAGAGAACACACUAUCUUCCUCCUCCAGAACCCCCUAUCAAACGCCCAUAUCUCUACAUUGUCUCUCAUCGAUCUUUACAUUCUUGAUUCUCCCCUUUCUGCAUUCAGACUCUGAUUAUCUUGCUGUUCCUCUUCCUUUCUUGAAUCUUUUUCUUGUAUUCUGCGAACUUCUCGAGUCUAGCAAGAUUUUCCAUCUGGGAUUCUUAGAAUUUGGCUUGGCCUGGUGUAUCUUUAAAUCUUAUUCUUUUGUCAGCAUGAAUUCCUGAAUUUUUUCCCAUUAAUAUUUGUCUUGGAGAGGGGAAAAAAAGAAUUUGUUCAAGAAAAGGAAGAAACUUUUGAUCUUGGCUUAAUUCCGAAGAGUCCAGAAAGUUGUUUAUAUAUGAAGUGGUGAAACAAUGAGAGAUGAAAAUACAAAGAAAAGCAAGCUUUCAUGGCCUAAGACACUAGUCAAGAAAUGGUUCAACCUCCAGACAAAAGCUGGGGAUUUUCAUGCUGAUGAUAUCGUUUAUGAAGGUAGUGAUGAAGAAUGGAGGAAAAAAUUCUCAGAGGUGGAGGCAUGCACCAUCAAGACAAGCAAGACAGAGAAAUCAAACAGGCGAAAGUCAGACCGUGUCGUCCGACAACAUAAGUUUGAACUUGAUGCAUCCCAAAUUACAGAUGUGCACAACUAUAGGAUCUUUGUGGCAACAUGGAAUGUGGCUGGAAAGUCCCCACCAAGUUUCUUAAGUCUGGAAGACUGGCUCCACACCUCACCUCCUGCCGAUCUUUAUGUUCUCGGAUUUCAAGAAAUUGUUCCUCUAAAUGCUGGUAAUGUUUUGGGCACAGAAGAUAAUGGCCCUGCUCGGAAAUGGCAAGCACUUAUUCGGAGAACUCUUAACAGUCUUCCGGGAAGUAGCGGUAGUUGUCCUUUACCUUGGGUGAUGACUUUGAGGGUUCGAAUAGAGAAAAGGACUCUUCUUUCUUCUACCGCCGCUCUUUUCAGUCAAUCAACCGCAGCAUGAGAAUGAUGCCAAGUGGCAUUUCUAUGCCACAGCCUACACUUGAUCGCCGAUUCAGUGUCUGUGAUCGGAUAAUGUAUGGGCAUAGACCGAGUGAUUAUUAUGAUCUGAAUGGGAGGUGUGGUUGUUCCUCUGAUGAUGACGACGGGCCAAGUGAUUCACCUUAUACUAACUACUCAGCUUUCUCUUAUGAUGGACCUGUCUGUAUUGAGGAGAGGGACAGACACCCAGGGCAAUCAAGGUAUUGUUUGGUUGCAAGCAAACAGAUGGUUGGACUAUUUCUCACUGUAUGGAUAAAGAGUGAUUUGAGAGAGGCAGUUCGCAAUCUGAAGGUAUCCUGUGUUGGAAGAGGGUUGAUGGGUUAUCUUGGAAACAAGGGUUCAAUUUCAAUAAGCAUGUCUUUGCACCAAACAAGCUUCUGCUUCGUUUGUAGUCAUUUGACCUCUGGAGAGAAGGACGGUGACGAGCUGCGAAGGAACUCUGAUGUCAUGGAAAUUUUGAGGAAAACAAGAUUCCCACAAGUCCAUGCAAUGGGAGAUGAGAACUCCCCUCAAACAAUUCUUGAUCAUGAUCGAAUCAUAUGGCUUGGGGACUUGAACUACAGAAUCGCCCUUGCCUACCGAUGUGCAAAGGCUCUUGUAGAGAUGCGCAACUGGAGAGCUUUGUUAGAAAACGACCAGCUCCGGAUAGAGCAGAGACAUGGGCGUGUUUUUGCAGGAUGGAACGAAGGAAGAAUAUAUUUCCCUCCUACAUACAAGUACUCAAAUAAUUCAGACAGAUACACCGGCGAGAAUACGCACCCAAAAGAGAAACGAAGAACACCCGCAUGGUGUGACCGUAUACUGUGGCGGGGUCCUGGUCUAAGACAACUAUCAUAUGUUCGUGGAGAGUCUAAGUUUUCAGAUCAUAGACCAGUAUACAGUAUAUUCCUAGCAGAAGUUGAGUCCAUCAACUGCAGCCGCAUCAAGAAAAGCAUGAGUUAUUCAAGCUCUCGGAUUGAGGUUGAAGAGCUGUUGCCAUACUCUCAUGGCCAUGGUCAGCUAAAUUUUUUCUAAGGAUCGUUGUAUAUAACCUCCCUGAUGGCAUUUUGGACCUUAUGUUGCAAACAUGAGUAACAGAAGCUGCUAAGCGAGUAGGAGGCCCUGAAAGUCGAUGGAUUCUACAACUAAUUCGUUUAUUCAAUCAGAAUAAUUCCUCGAUAAUUCAGCUCGAAGUAAUUGUGGAAAACGACUACACAUUUACAUGGUUCUUUAAACACUCAAAAAUAGAAAUGAACUUCGGACAGAAAACGGCUUAUAUUGUUGCAGAUGAACUUCAGACAAAAGAUACAGACGUCAACAUUCACCAUAUCAAGCAAACAUAUGCUUGUUGCAACUGUAAAGAAAAGCUACUUCGCCCUCGACCCAACAUCCACCAAAUUCUUUGAUCAGUUAUUUAUUUAUGGAGAAUUUCGAGGUGAGUCAGAAUCAAUAAUGAGGUGAAACAUAAUUUAGUAAAAAUUAUGAUAAGGGUAUUUCAAUCUGUAGAUAAACAAACGUUUGUACUACCCAUUGUCAUCAAACUUUUAACUUCACUCUGUCUGUGUUUGAUGACUGUACUAUAGUACUAUGCUUUGACAAAAGACCUCUCUCACACAAUUCAAAGGGAAUAUUAGUGCUUUUUGCGAAGAAAAUCAGCUUUGUUUAUCAAGGGGGAAAGAAAAGGAAAAGGGACAUCAGUUGUGUUGAAUCCAACGGCAAAGUGUUAUCACGACAUGUCUGGUUGAAUCCAACGGCAAAGUAUGUUAUCACGACAUGUCUGGAUGAUUCCAAUUUCCACGUUUUGGAGAAUCCCACAAAGCCUGUUUGACUGCAGACAGAUGUGACUUUCGGAUUUGUCUAUAUAAUAUUCAACACUUUAAUUUUCUCUUCGA